AUGGCUCAAGUGUGUAAAGGCGGGUUCUACGGCUGGAACUGUUCCAAACCAUGCGGGCACUGUAAGACGGGGACAUUCUGUAACCGUAUGACAGGAGCGUGUCCAAACGGAUGUCAAGAUCACUGGAGCGGAUCUAAAUGUGACGUGUGUAUAGACGGGUUUUAUGGACUGGCUUGUGCUGAAACAUGCGGAGACUGUAAGUCAGGGACCUUCUGUAACAGUAUGACAGGAGAAUGUUCAAAUGGAUGUCAAGAGCACUGGAGCGGAUCUAAAUGUGACGUGUGUAAAGACGGGUUCUACGACUCAAAUUGUUUCAAACCUUGUGGACACUGUAAAACGGGGACAUUCUGUAAUAAAGUGACAGGGAUGUGUCCAACUGGAUGUCAAGAUCACUGGAGCGGAUCCAAUUGUGACGUAUGUGAAGGCGGGUUUUAUAGCCAGAAUUGUUCUAAAGCAUGUGGACACUGUAAAACAGGAACGUAUUGUAACAACAUCACAGGGGUGUGUCAAGAGGGAUGUCAAGAUCACUGGGGCGGAUCUAAAUGUAACGUGUGUAAAGAUGGUUUCUACGACAUGAAUUGUUCCAAAGCAUGUGGACAAUGUACGACAGGGACGUUCUGUAAUAAUAUGACGGGGGCGUGUCCAAACGGAUGUGAAGAUCACUGGAGUGGAUCGAAAUGUGACGUGUGUCAAGGCGGAUUUCAUGGAUUGGACUGCUCUGAAUCAUGCGGACACUGUAAGACAGGGGCGUUCUGUGAAAAAUCCACAGGGGUUUGUCGAAAUGGAUGUCAUGAUCACUGGAAAGGAGCAAAAUGUGACAUGUGCAAAGACGGGUUUUAUGGACCGAGUUGUUCUCAAAGAUGCGGGCUUUGUAAGACAGGGACUUGUAAUAACGUGACUGGGGCUUGUUCAGACAGAUGUAGGGAUAACUGGAACGAUCCAAUCCAUUGCACGCAUGUAUGUGUAAGCGUAUUCUAUGGGUUGAAUUGUUCUAAGAUUUGCGGACAUUGUAAGAGAGGGACAAAUUGUGAUGACAUGACAGGGGUGUGUCAAAAUAGAUGUGAGAAUCACUGGAGCGGAUCAAAAUGUGACGUGUGUGAAGGUGGGUUCCAUGGACUGAAUUGUUCUGAAUCAUGUGGGCAUUGCAAGCCAGGGACGUUUUGUAACAAUAUGACAGAAAUUUGUCCUAACGGAUGUCAAGGUCACUGGAGUGGAUCUAAAUGCGACGCGUUACCUGACCCAAGCAGCCUCAGCUUAUCUAACAAUGACAAAGGUCCUUCCAGUGGAUUAUACGUGACUAUUGGUGUUAUCACAACACUCCUUGUUGUAGCUGUGUCUGUGAUCGCUGUUCUAGUGUAUGUAAUUCAAAAACUGAGAAAGCGUCCCUCACAACGGUAUAUUAGCCAACCAGAACCACCUGUAGACCAUAUUGACAUGCUGGAACCACGGGCUUAUGAUAAACUAGGUUCCCGUCAAGUUGACGAGUACAUGGAGAUUUCUGCUAUCGAUAAUCAAGUUACCCGAGACAGUGUAUCAAACUACGUGAAUGAAACAUUAAGAUGAGAACCAGGAUACAACAAUUGAAAUUAUACACAUUCUAAUUAACUGAAAUGAAAGGGUUUGAAUGCAAGCAUAUCUACAACCUGGCAUUCAAAUAAUUAGAACACAAGCUUCUCUUUUGUAAUCAAUUGGUUAUAUCAAAGACGUAUAAAAACAUAAAUUAAUUUGAUUGUAGAUACUAUGAGACAUAUCCCCCUUGUACCUGCACAUAGCAUAUGUUGAAAUAUAUAGGUGAAACAUAUAUUUCUUUUAAUUGAUUGAAAAUGAAUACUACAAUGUAAUAAUCAAAGUGUUGAGAAUAUAUCGUCAUCCGUGGACAACUAAAGAGCCUCACAUGAAUCCUUUAUGCUUUGUGAAUUUGCAUUUGCUCUUUCUGGGAAUAUUUCCCUGCAUCUCUCUGUUUUGUAUGUUAUUGAAUUCCCAUGUGCCUUCAUCAUUCAUUCUAUCCCACCAACGUGAAUAAAGAGUUGUUCAUUGUA